GUUUUAUUAUCCCUCUCUUCCUCUUUCCUUUCUUUCCUUCGAGCGGUGAGUAUGAGGAAGCGGUGCUUGGUCUCUAGCUGCGUCCACACUGAAAAAACGAUCCCUUUUGACGCCGGUUUUAUUCCUGACAAGCAUGAAAUAUCUAGAAGGUCAGAAUAAUACUGGAAGGUUAUAGUGCCAUUGAAUCAACUGCUGAGACCAGGCAUGAAUUAUGUGUAAAUGAAAGGAGACUUCUGGGAAGCCACUGUUAUGGCAGCCUUAAGCCCUGUUGCUGUUUCCCCAUCAAGCACACAGAUGCCACCAGCACCCUUGUCUGCUACCUCUCCUGGACUAGGGGCAGGAGCUUCAGUGACCCGUGGUAAAAAGCGACCCUCCAGUCCUGGUAAUGGUAGCUUGGGUAAGAAGAAGCGGUUGGCAGCUUUGGCUGGCAGUGGAAAUUUCUUUCAAAGUACAAAUACAGAAGCAGUAAAUGAAAAUAAAACUCUGAACACUGAUUCCAGCACAGGAUCGGUAGAGACUUCUAGUAAGCCAUUGCCAUUUAAAGCUCCAAGCUUCAUUCAUUCUGGGAUUGGGGGAGCUGCAGCUGGUAAGAAGAACAGAACCUGGAAAAAUCUGAAACAAAUCCUUGCAUCAGAGAAGACAUUGCCAUGGCAGGUGAAUGAUCCAAAUUACUUCAGUAUUGAUGCUCCUCCGUCUUUUAAACCACAUAAGAAAUACUCUGAUAUUUCAGGACUUCCUGCAAAUUACACUGAUCCACAGAGCAAACUGAGAUUUAGUACCACUGAAGAAUUUGCCUACAUUCGGAUGCUUCCUUCAGAUAUUGUUACAGGUUAUCUGACUCUCAGAAAAGCAACAAAUGUUGUUCCCUGAGUGGCAAAGCUUAGACUUAAUUUGAAGUGGUGAUGGGAACCAAACGUCCAGUGGCACAGAUGGGGUGUGUGUGUGUAUUUGUUUAUAACUGAUAACUUAAUAAAAAGUCUGUAAAAUCCCAAA